UCCCUCCAAUCCUCAUCUGUUCCUCACAGGAGGAAGGGAGAGAGAGUUUUGACAGGAUUGCCUGCAACCAGUCUGUGGGUGAAAGCGUAAGAGGAACGAGAGAGAGGUACGGAUAGCAGGGCUGACUUGAGUGUUGUGGAKCAUAAAAAGCUGCUCCAAAGGGCUACUGAGGCGGAAAAGCCCAAAAAGAAAAAGGAUCACAUUUUGUGUGGAAAAGUCUGCUAGUUUCUUUCUCCGGCGGUAACAGCCCCUAUCAACCGUUGCCAUGGGUGAAAUGGACACGUUGAAAAAGGAGGCCGAUGGCCUGAAGACCCAGAUUGAAACUGCCCGCAAGGCGGUCAAUGACACCACCAUGGCUGCUGUAGCAUCUGGUGUGGCGGCUGCACCUCGUAUCCAGCUGAAGAACAGAAAGACAUUGAAGGGCCACUUGGCCAAAAUCUACGGCUUGCACUGGUCUGCUGAUAACAGGCACAUGGUCAGUGCCUCACAAGAUGGCAAGCUUCUUAUUUGGGACACCUACACUGGCAACAAGGUAUAUGCCGUCCCCCUCAAGUCUUCCUGGGUGAUGAGUUGCUCCAUGGCCCCUUCUGGCAAUCUGGUGGCCAGCGGAGGUCUGGAUAACAUGUGCACCAUCGUCAACAUCAAGGCUGCCAGCCCAAAGACCAUAAGGGAGCUGGACGCACAUGAAGGCUACCUUUCCCAUAGCCGCUUCCUGAACGACAGCGAGAUACUCACUGCGUCCGGUGACACCACUUGUUGCCUGUGGGAUCUGGAGACUGGCAAGCAGAAGGUGGUCUACAAGAGCCACGUGGGUGACUGUAUGUGCCUGGCCAUGUCACCAGACCAGAACACUUUCAUCUCAGGGGCCUGUGACUCCAGCGCCAAGCUGUGGGACAUAAGAGAUGGUGGCUGCAAGCAGACCUUCAUCGGCCACACGAGUGACAUUAACGCCAUUGCGGGUCAGAUGCCCACACCCACGGCACUCCCUGCCCCUAUAGGUUUCAUCGGCCUUUCUCGCGACGCCGCCCGACCCUGA